AUGGCACACCACGCCCAAGACUCGGAAAUAGCGCGGCACAGGCGCAGAAUAACAGCGUACCACGCUUACAUACAGCCAGUCUUGAAGGCAUUGAAGGAUACACAUGAGGUUAGUGUGCCCUACACGUUGCGUUCCAAGGUCUGCAACCAGGCGUGGAGAGAGAAGCUGGGGGAGACGGUAAACCAGUACCCGCGCUCGACAAAGACUACGAUAGAGCUACAGCAAAUAGCUUGGGAAGAUAUACAAAACAAUUUCGAUAGUUUCAUCCGUGAUUUGAGACGCAGACUGGAUCAGUAUGCUCUGGUGAACAUGAGGACAAGUGUGGAUCCGAAAGAUGGGCUCAGUCUGGCUGAUUGGGAUUACGAAACUCAUAUGAACCAAAUCGUGGACAGACUAGACAAAGAACAGCCAGAUACACCGUCUCAAAGCAAAAUUUCACUCGCAGAAGGACUCUGGAAGGUUAGGAAAUAUGUUCGUAGUGAGGAAUUCAUCGAACAAGAAGAGGAGAAUCUCAAGGAGGCGACUGUAAGGUUGGAGUUGGAUACUGUCAGGGGGAUCAAAGGGAUACAGCAGCAGGUAAAGAAGGCAAGACAGAUAAUGCCAAAACAAAAGAAUAAAGAUACCACACGGAAGCUUUCGGCGUAUAAUCUAUUCAUGAAACACGUCCUGCAAUCACUCAAGCAGAGCCACGGGAGUGUGAGCUAUGGGCACAGAUUUAAAGCGUCUGCCCGUCUUUGGACGCAGAGGAUGGAGAUGACAGCUGUGGAUAUAUCCACCAAAACGAAGACACCUGUUGGUGCACUCUCGAAGCAACUCAUUCAGGAGAGGACAUGGGAGGGAGCUCAGCGUGAUAUGGGAGUCAUUCUUAUUCAUCUUGCACAGUCAGUAGAGUAUAGCGCCAGACUGGAGGCAGAGGCAGAGGCAGGACAUUACAUGCACAGCAACGUACCGAGAGCUAACAGCGAGUAUAAUAGACAUAUGCAGAGUACACUGGCACAGCUCAAGGAAAUUCAGUCAGACACGCCAUAUCAAACUAGAUUUAAAUUGGCGGCGAGUAUGUGGCAGGAAAGGAAGAAGGAGAGGAGUGAGAGGAGAGGAGGGAAGAAGAGGGACUAUAUCCCAGUUUAUAGCGAUGUUGACGAGGAAGACAUUGUGUUGCAAGGACCAUCUUCAAGUAUACAUCCGGGAAGGAUACCAAUGGGAUAUUACGAUGGUGAGUUUGGUAAUGACUUGAACUUGAAAUCAUCAAUGGCGUCAUCAAUGCUAUCAACAACGAUACCACCAACAACAACGACGCCAUCGAUACCUUGGCAAUACACGUGGGUAGCUAUACCACCAUUCCCAGAAGCAGAAGCAGAAGGAGAAGCAGCAGCAGAAGAGAAUAGAUAUAACGGAAAUGAAGACGAUACAAAUACGCUCAACGACUACAAAGACUAUUUGGAUGAAAUAUGA